AAAUAACACAAACAGGAAACGUGGGGUUUCUUUUUGUUCUCCUAUAAGCCAGCAAAGGUCUCUUUAGCAACCUCUCUCCCAGGCGGGCUUUGGUGGGGAUCCUCUCGCAUUGCCUUCAGGUUCCUUGGCAGGGGAGAGGCAGGCUCAGUGGGCGGAGAAGGAGAGCUUGGACACGCUGUUCUCCGGAGGCGCUGUCCUGUUGAGCGACCACCAUGUCGAUGUACCUGAAACACUUCACGGUGGUGGGAGACGACACUGCCCAGUGGAACAACGACUACAAGAAAUGGAAGGAGGAAGAGACCGAAGAGGAAGGAGAAGGGAAGCCGCCGGAGGUCGCGGUUAAGGUCGAAUCGGCGCCCAGGCGCCCAACCUUCCGAGAGGUUAUGAAAAGGCUCUUCGAAUCCCACAAGUUCCAGGAAUAAUCUUAUCCGUGAAGACCCGGACGGAGCAGCACAUCUCCAAGCUGAAGCAAGCCAAUCUGCAGCUGAGUAGCCAAGUCCAGCAGCUGGAAAGCAGCUGUGCUGAGAAGGAAAUAGAAAUUGAAAGGCUGACCAACCUGAUGAAGCAACAUGGGCUCCUCAACCAGGCCAAAUAAGGCGCCUGAGCUGGACCAAACCUCUUCCUUGGAUUCUGUUCUGGCCCUGAGAAAACCAGUUUUACAUUUGACAGGGUGACCUUGUAAACAGAUCCUUUUGGCACAUUUAUCCGCAUGCCGGCUGCUUUCCUCCGGAGCUGAUGCCCUUCAGAUAGAGUGGACGCCGCCUUCCGCCAUCCUCCCAAGUCCUGCUCGGAGGCGGGUUUGGUUGGAGGGCACCCAGCUGGGGGGACUCGGCUGGCCUCGAUCUCUCCUCUGGAAACCCCACGUGGGUAGAACAGCUCCAGCACUCUAAAAUGCGCCCUGCCGUUCUUUCUUGUACAGCUGUACAGUUCCACAAGACUUAGGGGAAAUAAUAAUAAUAAUAAUCAUGUAAUAAAUUCAAAUCCAUACUGGGAA